AUGACGGAGGGCGGUGGGGCUCAGCAGCGCCUGAGGAGGUAUUGCUGCACCCCAGACUGUAAGUUCUGGCCUCCAUCUUGUUGCACUGAAGGCAAAGCCAUGACAGCUUUCAAAGGAAUCUGGACUCAAGAGUUCUGGCGCUGCGUGGGGGCCGAGUUCUUUGCCAUGCUGCUUUUUGUUCUGCUCAGUCUGGGAUCAACCAUCAACUGGGGGGCUGUUGAGGAGGUUCCCCAUCCUCCUGACCUGUUGCUCAUCUCGCUCUGCUUUGGCCUGAGUAUUGCCACCAUGGUUCAGUGCUUUGGCCAUGUCAGUGGUGCUCAUAUCAACCCAGCAGUCACAGCAGCCAUGGUGGUGACCAGGAAACUGAGCCUGGCUAAAGCCGCCUUCUACCUGCUGGCCCAAUGUGUGGGAGCCAUAGUGGGAUCUGCCAUUCUGCUCGGUAUAACGCCUGCCUCUGUGCGGGGUGGCAUGGGGGUCACAAUGGUAAAUAAGAGCAUCUCUGUGGGAAGUGCCAUGGUUGUAGAAGUCUUCAUCACCUUUCAGCUGCUCUUCACUGUGUUUGCUACGUGUGACCAAAAACGUACUGACCUGAAGGGUUCAUCUGCGUUGGCUAUCGGCCUGUCCGUGUGUAUCGGCCACCUGUUUGCUAUUCCUUACACUGGAGCCAGUAUGAACCCUGCUCGAUCAUUCGGCCCAGCCAUGGUCACGUGGAGCUGGGAUAACCACUGGGUGUACUGGGUGGGCCCAUUUCUUGGUGGGACUCUGGCCGCUGCCCUGUACGAGUACCUGUUCUGUCCGGACCCUGAGCUGAAGAAACGUUACUCUGAUGCCUUCAUCAAAACACCCUUUACUGCUACCAAACACCGCCAGGACUCAGUCACCGCCCAGGAGCCUCUUUUCACCGUCAUGGACGUAGAGCGAGCUGAGAGGAAGGAAAGAGAAAGGGAAGUAUCGGGGGAGGUGUUGUCCUCCGUAUGA